CCCUUCCCUUUGACGAUAUCGAUGGUAGAACGAAAAUUCGAGUACGACGCUACUAGGUUUUACGACUUCACGAACGAAGAAGGCGACGGAAAACAAGGAGACGAAAACGCCGACAAAUGGUUUGACUCGCAGUUCAACCAGUUGCGGUUAGACGAUUCCCCUCCGCUACGAUUUAGCGACGAUUUCGACGCACAAUUGUCAGCAAGAGCUGCCGCGCAACCAUGCAGACAACGUCAAAGGACGAGUCAACCCGAGUCUCCAACCAGAACAUCACUAACCAGAAAGUCUAAUGAAAGACAAGACAGUCCACAACAACCAAAUACGCAUCCUCGACGCGUUGUGAGAAAAAAGUUCAAGAAACUGGUUGUUGUGUUACCUAAUAGACAAUCUCAAUGUAAGAAAACUACAGAGGACAUUGAGGUAGAACAAAUUUCUAAGAUGCAAGCAGAAACAAAACAGAAAAUAGAGUUGUCAAGAGGACAAAUAGAUAAGAAGAGUCAAAGUGUUGGCAGAAAGGAGGAGCAAAAAAACAAGUUGUAUGCCAGCAGAAAACGGCUGGCAGAACAAAAUGAACAACUUGGGGAACCAAAGAGAAAAUUUGUCUCUUUGGCAGAACAAGUCGAACGAUUUCAGAAAGCUACCCCAGUAAGAUUUCGAACUAAAUCCACACGGGACCUCAAGAAGGGACCGAUGCGGCUAAAAUCAAAACAAAAAGAGCGUGUUGUACCUAAGUCACCUCAUCUAGUAACAGGACAGAGAGCCAGAGCAACGAAAGUGGAAAGCACGGCUGAUAGAGAAGAGAAAGAGAUUCAAGAAAGUGGUCACGUGUUCAAAGCUACAGCUCUCAAUCCAAACAUAAUCAAGCGUCAGGGACAAUAUGGUUUGCCACAGAAACAAGAAAUUCCUAUUACAGUUCCAACAGCAUUCCAUUUUGAAACCAGAGUACGAACACGUCAGGCUGAGCCAGUCACAACCAAAACUCAAGAGUCAAUAGUGGCUCAACCCAUGCCAGACAUGAAUCAGGUCUUCAAACCUGUUUUGACACAUAAAAUUACAAGGAUUGAGCCGUUCAAAUUUGAAGGUAAAUACACUGACCCUGCUGUUGUGAGGGAACAACUCAGUCAAGCAGAAGAUAAGAAAUUACAAGAAGAGAGACAGUUUCACGCCAACCUUCUGCCUGAUUUUUCAAAUCAAUUUGUACCGAAGAAAGACAAGCCAAAUAUUACGUUACAACAAUCAUUCCAACUGAAGACCGACAGUCGCGGAGAAGAAUAUGCUAGGAAGUGGACAGCACAGCUGAAAGCUGAAACGAUUGCAGACGAGGCGAGGAGGAAGUUCAAGGCACUUCCUUGCAAUGUAAUUCACGAAGCCCCAUUUGAGCCACAGCAUGAAAACAAGCCGGUGCUGCCACCUCUGGAUAUUGUGUUGAAGACAGAUCUAAGAGCGAAGCGGUGGCAAGAUCUAGCACAACGAAGACAACAACAAGAACUGGAGAAUGAACAUACCGAGAAAGAAAGACUGACCAAGAAAGAAAGGAAAGAGCAAGAGGCACUGAGAGAGCUAAGAAAUAAGAUGGUCCACCGAGCUCAACCAAUGCCCAAAUACAGUAACACAACAUUUGUUGUACAUCUGAGUUCAGCGCAAACAACAGACGGACGCAGUAAGGGGCCUCAGAAUAAUGCUGAACACUUUUAGCAAAGCAGGUUUAGUGUAUGUCUAUCACACUUUACUGUUAGUGAGUUAAUUGUUAUCAAUUGUGUAUAUAAUAAUUACUUUUUUGCCAAAUAUAUGGAAUACUGGUUAC